GGGACUCAGGGCUGUUUGAAAAUCCCGCGCACCGCGCGAGAGUCGCGGCCAGCCCUGCGACUGACAUGUCGGUGUUGAGGCCGCUGGACAAGCUGCCCUGCCUGAACACAGCCACCAUCCUGCUGGUGGGCACGGAGGAUGCGCUUCUGCAGCAGCUGGCGGACUCGAUGCUCCGGGAGGACUGCGCCUCAGAGCUGAAGGUCCACUUGGCAAGGUCCCUCCCUCUGCCCUCCAAUGUGAAUCGGCCCCGAAUUGACCUGAUCGUGUUUGUGGUCAACCUUCACAGCAAAUACAGCCUCCAGAAUGUGCAGGAGUCCCUGUGCCACGUGGAUGCCAGCUUCUUCCUGGGAAAGGUGUGCUUCCUCGCCUCGGGCGCGGGGCGGGAGAGCCACUGCAGCAUUCACCGGAACACAGUCGUGAAGCUGGCCCACACCUACCGAAGCCCCCUGCUCUUCUGUGACCUGGAGGUGGAAGGCUUUCGGGUCUCCAUGGCUCAGCGCCUGCUGCACAUGCUGCAGGUCUGUGCCGGCCAUGUACCUGGCGUCUCAGCCUUGAACCUGCUGUCCCUGCUGAGGCACUCCGAGGGUCCCUCCCUGGAGGACCUGUGAGGGCCGCUGACCUCAGGGUGCUUUCCCCUUGACCUGGUGCCGGGUUUAAUAAACACUGACUGUUGGGAAGAUGAUGUCAGGGCUUGACGGGCCCUGGGGCAGCUGGUCCAGUGGUUUCCAGCGUUCCUGCAGGGCCUGUGCUCCUCUGAGUGGAGAGGAGGGAAAGCCCAGCUGGUGGGACUCCAGCCCCCCUCCCACUCCCCACCUUCAUUCCCAUAGAGCUGCGUCUUGAUCCGGCUGACACGGUGUACUUCCACUUAAGAUUUCGUUUGAACAGUCUGCAACCCACAAAAAGUUUGAAAAUCACUGGUUUUAUCCACCACUUCUAUUUUGCAGAUGAGGAAACUCAGCCAGAGCAAUUCAAAGCAGAGAGGGGGCGGGGAGCUGGGACCCCAUCAGCCCAAUGCAAUGCCACAUCCCAGUCCUGCUUCUUACAUAGGACCUGGGGUUUGUCUCUUGGACCUUCAGUUUCCCCAUCUGUAAAGUGGAGCCCAUUCUACCAGCCUCAUCAAGUUGUAAGGUUGGGUGAAGAGAGUUGGGUGAAGCGGCCUUGGGUUGUCGGCACGCUCCCAAGUUUCAUGGGAUGGUGCUGGUGCUGGAUGCAGCCUGAGGAUGGGGUGGAGAGUUGUUACCUGAACUCACACAGACCUAAGUUCAGAAAUGUACGAAGCCCUGCACCUCUUGGGGCCUCUGUCUCAGUGUUCGCUGAGUGGGAAUUAACCUCCAACCUCAUCAGUCUGUGAGGAGGGUGAGAAACUGGCUAAAGGCUGGUUUCUGGGCUGACAGCAGGAGGUGUGCUGUGACUUGCUUCCCCUCUCCUCGUUUGGGUCAGUCAGGAAUUGGUGGAUGUGUUGGGAUUGGGGUCCAGGAAUCCUGUCAGCCAGUCAGGGGGCUUGGGGGUGAAGGGGUCUGGUGUCCCCCACUCCAGCUGCCCUAGGGCCAGCCCUCCCUCCUCAGGCCUCAGGACAGUCCCGGCUUGGUGCCCUGGGCAGUGCCAGCACCGCUGGGCCUCACUCUGCUUUGAUGUCACCAUCGCAGCUGGUGCUCAUGCUGGCACCGGAGAGGACUGUUCCUGGAAGGACGGGGCUCAUGGUAGGCGUCAGGAGGGUGGGGCCCUGUCCAGUAACUGGGAGUGUGGGCUGCAGCUGAGGCCCCCCAGGUCGCCGGAUGGUGCAGGUACUCCACGCUUCAUGGGGCUUCUCUCACGGGAGCUCCUGCUUCCUGGCAGACCUGUCACGGGAGGUGUGCCCACAGUCACACAGCUGACAGGUGGUGGAACCCUCACUUGCCCUCCACUUGCCUUCCUGUGCCUUGAUUGUUGAACAAAGGGCAUCUCUGCUGGGCAGGCCGAGCCAGGAAGGCAGACCUGGUGGAGACAGGCCCUGCCCUCAAAGCCCCUUGGAGGCUCCACAGCACCACUCCCACCCUGGGGCCUGCCUCAUGGAGGCCUGCUCCCUGGACUGGCAGCCCUGAAGGGUGGUUGCAAGGGAGAGAAUGGGCACAGGGCAGGGCAGGGACUGGCCCAUAGCACAGGACAGGUGCAAGCCUGGGGCCUGAGCAAGCAGCAGCUGGUAGCAAGGAGCUGAUAUUCUAUUGGGGGAGCAGCACCUGCUGAGGGGUGGGGGUGGGACCAGGAAAGAGGCUAGAAGUUUGUGUGGGUCUCUGAGUUGUGGCAGUGUCAGCAGAGGUCCAGGAGGAGGCCCUGGGCCCUCGGGGUGGGAAGCUGCCUGAAAGGCUAGUUUCUGGGCUGAGAGUGAGAGACGUGUUGUCUCCAUCCUCAGCCUGGACCAUACAGGGUGGGCUUUGCAGGGCCAGUGUGGAGGGUGGGGUUUGGGGGCUGGUAGAGGGUGGAUCCAAGCAGGAGGGGAAGGCAGUGUGGGCUGCCUCUCCUGGGCACCUCACUUUUGCUGGGGACAAGGGGACCCCCCCCCCCCAACAUACACACCCCAGCCAGCAUGGAGCACACCUCUUUCAGGUUCCUUUGUCACAUUUUCCUUGCUACCUGGUGCCACUUAACAAGAGAAGUAUCAGCAUAUUCUCCAGCUGCAGUCAGGGAGCCUUCCAAAUGCUAUGGGAACAAGAUGCCGGCACUACUGCCAGCUCCAGCGAACUUGGCAGGGGCCCUGGGAUCAAGAGGUUCCACUUGGGCUGGGGGCUGGCUUGCCCCUGCUGUCUCCAGAAGGCUGGGCAGGGUGGCCAGGGAGCAAAGCUGCUUGGCACCCACCAGCUGGAGCCCAGGGCUGGGUAGAGGCAGGAGAGGCCAUGAGGCAGCGUGACUGAGGAACGUCACGGAAGGCUGUCCGUAUGGUCCCCAGUGUGCCUGGAAGGAGUGCAUGGUGCUGAGGUGGGGAGGGAGACAGGGAAGCUGGGCUUGGCUCAGCAGGUCACCUACUCUGCUUGAGCCUCACUUUCCCCACCUGCAGAAUGGGUCAGGCACAGAUGAGGGUGGGCAGGGCCCUGGUGGGUUGAGUGGGCUUCAGCUGCCUGGGGGCUGUGGGUCCACACUGUGUGAGCAGGGAGGCAGGUUGUGUUUGGCCUGCUGUGGAGUGAGGUGUCUGAGGCUGUUGGAGGGGCAGGGACUUGUCCAGGGUCACAGGUUCAUUCGUCCCUUCAGGCCACCUAGUCGUGGGCAGCCCCUGUCCAAGUCUUUUGGCCCCACGCUUGCCAAGGAGGCAGGGCCUUGCUCGUGGGGAGGGGGCUCCACAGUGGUCAGGCUGUGGCGAGGGCAGGGUUGCCCUGGCCACAGAGGGGAAGUGGUGCAGUGGGAAAGGAGCGUGCCCCUGAGUCCCACCGAUGUGGGGUCUGCGGCAGCUCACUUCCCCUCUCGGAACCUCAGACUGUCUCUGCCCCAGGAGGCCUCUUGGGAGGCUCGUGAGAAGCUGAAGGGCCUGACCUGGUGGGACUGGGGGCUGGGCUAGGGGUGCUCAGGCUAUGGGGGCUUCUGUAGACAGAGCCCUGCUGCAGCAUGCCCACCCUCACGUGCUGGCAGGGUGCUAGGCCUGCACGAGGGCGUCUGUCCCGCCCCAGACUCCCCUGGGGCCCGAAGGGUGCGGUCAGAGAGGUAACUGUCUUGCAGGUACCUGGAGACCCAAGGGGCAGAGAAGGGGGGUUGGGUGGGCAUCGCAGUGGGUGGCAGGCCCUGCACACUCUGAAGCCUGUGUCCACCUAAGUGUGAGCCCCAGGACUGGGAGGAGGAGGGGUGGCUGGUCCCCAGUGCUCCUGACCCAGGUGGGAAGCAGCCCUCCUCAGGGCCGCCCUCUUAUGUCAAGGGCCAACGUUAGGUGGGUUCCUGGUCUGACCACAUAACAGCUCUAAGGAGGUUCCUAGCACUUGCACCACCUUUUCUGUGCUCGGCAACAAGCCAGUAUCCCUAGACCCACCCAGACAGGAAGAGGGUCCCCGUGGGUGCAUGUGGCAGGUGGAGGCUCACGGGCUGCCUGGCUUUGGAGCCUGUGCGUGUGCCUGAACCUCUGAGCCUGCCUGCCUUCUAGGAAAUAGGAAGGGCGAGGCAGCCUUCACUCCCUGCAAGGCCCUGGGACUGGAGUCAUGUGAGGUCAGAGGGGGACUGCCAGCCCCUCAGCCUUCCAGCAGCAGGGAGGGGGCACCCUGGGGCCAGCCCCAGCAGGUGUGUGAAGUGGAAGGAGGGGUGGGGCCAUGGUGGGGAGGGGUAAGCCUCGGGCCUGUCCCUCCCUCAGGGCUCCACACGGGAGCUCUCCCUCCAUCGUCUCUGCCCCUUCGCAGCAGACCUUCCCCGUCACCUUGGCCCUCCCUGCACCCCUUUCCUCCUGAAUUUUUCUCUUCAGCACUUCUCACCUCCUCAUACACUGUAUCGGUUUAUUUAUUUGGUUUUUGUCCCUGUCAUUCCCUGCUGUUUCCCUAGAUCCUAGAACAACGCCUGGUACCUAAUAGGGGCCCCAUAGGCAUUUGAUGGGUGAAUGGGGGUGUGUAUAAGAGGCCCAGAGCCCCCCACUUACUCCUGUGUGUAACCCUGAGAGAGGGGCAGCCCCCAAGGGGCUGGGGCACUCCAGAUGGGGGGUGGGGAGACCUGCCCCCUCCUUCCACUUUACACACCUGCUGGGGCUGGGCCCCCGGGGGACCCCUCCCUGCUGCUGGAAGGCUGGGGGGCUGGCAUCCCCCUCUGACCUCACAGGGCUGUGCAGAGAGAACUGAGAACCCCAAGGAGUGCAAGUGUGUGCAGAGGGAGACUUGGGGGGUAGAGGACGCAGCGGCCUGGGGCCUGGGCAGGGAUUCUGUGCCCCCCGUGGAAGUGGUGUUGUCUGCCCUUGCUAGCUCGGUUCAGAAGAGGGAAGGGGGCAGGGGCCCUCACUGCAGCUGCCCUGCUGCUGGCCCUCUGCUCAGACCUUGCCAUGGCUUUGUGUGAUUCCUGGGCUACCCCCACUCCUCAGUCCCUGUGCCCAGGGGCCUGACACCACAUCCUUCCCACCGGCCCUGGUGGGAGCUCUCAGGCAGGGUCCUUGCUUGUCAGAACUAAAGACCAUGAGAAGUUCUGAGCUGCUGCUGCAAAAUGAAGUGGAGCUGUGAGGCCAGACGUGAGGCUCCAGGACCCAGAAGAGGCGGCCGGGGAAAGCCAGUAAGAAAAUCCACACAGCGCAGCACGGUUAUGAAACAGAAAACCCGUCCAUGAAGACCCAAGGCACAAAGCAAGCCGAACAUGAGAGGCCCCAAAGCAAAAGCAGAGGCCCCUUGGGAGGGCAGGGAAAGGCCCCCUCUUGCCCAGGAGUCUUGGGUUUUGUUUGAGGGGUUUUUUCAUGAGGACUUGUUCAGAUACUACACACAUGAUUAUGAAUAAAACUAAUUUUUAAGUACA